CCUGGCUGCGCCCCGGCUCGAGGGCAGCGAGCGGUGUCCGGUGGCCCUGGGGCAGCGCGGCCAUGGGCACGCGCGGGCCGCACGUGCUGGUGGACACCACGCCCGCCAAGACCAUCCUGGUGUACCGCAACGGGGACGCGUUCUUCGUGGGCCGGAGGUUCGUGCUGCCGCGGCGGCCCGUGGCCACCUUCGAGGCGCUGCUGGACCAGCUCACCGAGCGGAUGGAGGUGCCUUUCGGCGUGCGGCGCCUGUUCACGCCGACGUGCGGGCACCCGGUGCUCGAGCUGCAGGCGCUGCGGGCGGGCGGCAAGUACGUGGCGGCCGGCCGCGAGCCCUUCAAGAAGCUCGAUUAUAUUCAUAUAGAGCCCAGAAAACCUGCAAAGAUGAGAAGGUUGAAGGAAAUCAAACCGGUGGUACAUUGUGAUAUGAAUGUGCCUUCCCGGUGGCAGACGAUUCACCGGACCUCCCGGCACGUUAAUGUUUUCACAAAUGGAAGACUAUUUAUCCCACCUGUAAAAGUCAUCGUACCCAAAUUCAGUCUGAUGGAAUGGAAUAGUGUGCUGGCCAUGAUUGGGGAAAAAGUCUUCCCUCUAGGAGGCGUGCGAAAGUUAUUUACCAUGAACGGGCAUCUCUUGGAGAACUCAAAGGACCUACAGGACAACCACUUCUACGUGGCCGCAGGACUGGAGACCUUCAAAUAUUUCCCUUACUGGAAGUCCUCCACGGUGCCCAGCGAGGUCCAACAAAAGUAUGCAGACAUCGAGAAAUGCUCACGAGGGAAGAGAAAAGAGGACGCCAAAGGAAAAGAACCUCAUAAGUACGACGACAUUCCCUGUCAGGGAGACGAUUCUGUUUUUUAUGCCAAAGAGGGAAAGAAGAAAAUGCUCGUGGAGCAUUUAACGCACGGCGGCACAGAAGGUGAUGUGUACAAAGCCCAGACUCCCCACACGGAAACCCAAGGAGCACCGGAAGUCAGAGAGGACGAUGACGUGCAGGUGGAGGCGCCCGCGGACCAGACACCCGCGGAGAUAGUCAAGGAAGAUGAAGAGACACCUCAUAGCGGCCCUGAUUUUGAGAGCCACAAGGAGAAAGAAGAUGAAAGUCCUUGUGAAGACAGCGACAGGAAGGAAGACAAUUCACGAAUGUCUUUUAAGAAAAGGGUUCCCUUAAGACACAACAAAAAGAAAAAAGCAUCUCUCAAGAACCUCAGCGAGAAUAAAAAAGUGGUUCCAUUUCCUGAAAAAGAAUCAUAUGGCAUUCUAGAGGAAAGAAACACACCUGUACUACUAGAAACCCCACUAGAAAUAGAAGACCAAAGAGAACCACCAAUGGAACAACAACCACAAGAGUCAUCAUUGAACCAAUCGGAAGAACAACCUGAGGAACUAGAAUUGCUCAAAGAGCCAUAUUGGAGACAAGCAUCCCAAGAACAGAUGCCUGACAAGCAAGAAUCACUUGAGUGGCCAUCCUUGGGACAACAAUUCCCAAAACAGAUACCUGACAAGCAAGAAUCAUUUGACUGGCUGUCCUUGGGACAACCAUCUCAAGAAGAGAUACCUGACAAAAAGGAGUCAUUUGUAUGUCCAUCCUUGGGACAACCAUCCCAAGAACAGAUACCUGACAAACAAGAAUCAUUUGAGCAACCAUCACCGGGACAAAAAGAGAUGACUCAGGGAAAAAACAUUAAACAACAAAUACCAUGAAAACAAAAUAUGAGCCACGUUGUAAGGAACAACAGUCAGAAGCUACAAAGGAUCAUAAGGCAAAUGAAAAUAAAAUUAGGCAUUUUUUCACAUUAUACAGAAGAAGAGGUAUGCUAGUACAAUAUUAAAACUGUACAUUUCAUAUUUUGGUGGCCAACAUUAAAAACGAAUGACCAAG